CUAGAUUCUAUACAAAAUACGGUCUUUCAUCUAUAUCUGCAUGAUGAGCUGUCAUGCCAAGAACCAGCUGAGAUCCCCCUGCCAGUGGCCGCAGCCACAUGGGCCACCGGCCCUUACUUAUUUGGAAAACCUCCGUAGAGAUUGCAGUGUUCAUGUAAGGAGCCAUUUGUUGUAUGACCAUGCAACAGCUCCGUGCGACAGCUGUAUCACCAAGGCAUGCAGAGCCCCUCCACCUUCGUAUGCGCUUGCAACGGCAACGUUUCGCCAGUAACGCUCGGUUGAGCCCACUUGCCGAAGCGCAGGCUUCGAUUUCCAGGGACCGUCGUACUCUAUCUCAUCUACAUUUUCCCCAUCACAUUAUCCUUUCCUCCUCCAAAGAGCCGAGGCCAGAGCUCGCUGUUGCUUGGCCUAAGAAUCGGCGCUGGUGGACUCGAGAAGCAUAAGGACGUGGUGGGCUCGAUCGGGUCGUCUCAUCGGUCAGAGGAGGGAGCAAUAGCGGGCGUCGGAGCUUAGGGGCGUGGUAAUGC